GAAAAAAUCCGAAGAACAAAAACAGAGUUCUUUUCAAAGGCCCGAUUUCCCAAUGUGCUGGGCGCAGUGGAUGGGACUUUGAUAAAAAUUCAGGCUCCCUCCGAAAACGAGCCAAGCUACGUUUGUAGGAAGGGUUUUCAUGCUCUGAAUGUCCAGGCCGUUUCUGACGCUUCCCUAAGAUUCAUAGAUUUGGUUUGCAAGUGGCCUGGUGCUGUUCACGAUAGCUUUGUAUUUGAAAAUUCAAACCUGAACCACAUCUUGGCCCAAGGGUGCAAUGGAUGGCUUUUGGGAGAUUCAGGCUAUCCUUUGAAGUCAUACUUGAUGACACCAAUUAACAUCCCGGCUAAUCAAAAGGAAGUGAACUACAACAGCGCCCACUGCAGAACCCGUGUUGUGGUGGAGAGAGCAUUUGGUGUGCUCAAGUCAAGAUUUAGAUGCUUACAUCCAACUGGGGGUGUAUUACCCUUUGCCACCCAAAAGUGCAUGAAGACUGUAGUAGCAUGCUUCAAGCUUCACAACAAAUGUAUCAAAGACAGGCUGCCAAUGCCAGAGGUGGACAUUGAUAUCCAGCACCCGGGUGAGGAGGAAAUCAACAAUCUCCAAGCAAACGGUGCAGGUGUAGCUCAACAGAUCAGAAAGAGGCUGGUUCAAUGCUUUUGAAAUAGUAAGUUCAAUAUACUUGCAAGUAAAGACAACAAGAUAUAUUAAGGUUAUAAAAAUAAUUGUAAUCAUGUCAUCAUAACUUGACUGUUAAACACAAGAUGAAAACAAUAGCAAAACAAGUAUAACACAAAUGUAACUUUAACCAUUGGAUUUGAUACUAAACAAAUUUCCAUUUCAAAAUGCAAUGUCAUUAAACAAUCAAGAGUAAUUGCCAUGCUAUGAAAUCACAAAAUAUCUAUUUCAUAUCUUAUUGAAAUGACCAUAAGAUCUCUAUAACAUCAGAAAAUUUAAAACAUCAGAAAAUUUAAAAAAAUAAAGAUUUACAAAUACCCCCACCCAACAAAUUUAACAAGCAAUACAAGAGAAUAAUGAGCCACAUUGCUCACUUAUGGAAUAUUUUUAAAUUGGUGUAUCAUGUGGCAUUACAUUUUUUUUCUUAUAAUUUUCACUAUAUUAUUAAGACCAGAAUAGCUAGUGCAGUGACUCUUGAGAAGAAUAUCUUAAGACACCUACCGGUAUUUAAAUGUUAACCAAGUUUUAUGAUUAUCUCCCUUUCACAAAGGUUGACCCUUCAAUUGAAUAUUUUAGAAUAUACAAUAAUAAUAUUUACUGCCAAUGGGUUCUAAAGUAGAAGGAAAAUAUGUGCUUAGUUUACAAACAGACAGAUUGAGAGACAGACAUACAGGCACCAUUCAUCAGAAACGCUCUUUACAUGGUAUAAAACAGGCUAAUUUACAUUGCACAGACAAAAUUAAAUUUCUUUUACAACAAGACCUCUGAUAGUUGGUGAAACUGAGCAAGAUGCUGGUUCAAGCUCAACUAAGGGCUCAAGAGUUUGAAAAGAAUAGGAACAGCAACAGUUUUUUCUUUUCAAUUCAAAACAGAUCUCUUUAAGCACAUCCAACUUCUUCUUUUCUACCUCGAGCAGACUUUUUUUAAGCUCGAGUUUCUCUCUUUGGCUGUUAAGCAGUUGCUCUGCC